AUUUCAAGUAGUUCCACCUCAGGUUCAUGGUGGUCAGAACCUCUUGGCUGUUUAUUAGUGCCGUUCUGGCUGCCUUUGAUUGCAUAUGCAUGAAGAUUCUGGGAGUCGAAUGUCAUUGAGAAGAGAUCACUGCUGUCUUCAUAGCCCAUAGCAGCGGCAGGGAGUUCAGAGGAGGGCGAGUGAAGCAAGGAUUUGGUGUUCGCUGUGCAUUUGCCGGCCCGUAUCUGAAGAGACUUUGUCCCAUAUUGACCACAACCAAAAUGUAUGUGUUUGCUGCUAGAACUUGGUAUAAUAGAGUCCCGAAUUCCUCAGACUUGCAAUGGACUACAUGUAGCAGUUGUGAAUCUACUGUGAAAAACACCUUCUUCUGCCUCGGAUCAAACCCACAGCCAAUCACCUUAUCUGUUCCUCCCCAUUCUGCUUCUUCGGGUUCAAACACAAGUUUGAUCCCUGAACGAAGAAAUUGCCCAAGUCAGAUAUUAAGUUGUAAGAACACCCAAAGCUUUUAAUCCUCCCAAAGGCUGUAAUUCGGGUGCUUAGAACAAAAGCUUAACCGGUUCCUUUGGUGUGGUAAGGAUGAACAUGCUAAGGCUAAGGUCUCUUGGGAGAAGGAAGGAAUGAGGUUUGGGGCUUAAGAGGUUACAUAUAUGGAAUCAAUCAGCUAUGCUUUUGCACAAGCUGGUUCCAUUUGGGUAGCUUGGAUUAAUGAUAAUUGGUUGAGGGGGAGGAGCUUUUGGCAAAUCCCAAUUCCUCAAUCAUGUUCAUGGAGCUGGAAACAAAUUCUUAAGCUAAGGGAGUUAGCUAAAAGGAUGUUGAGGUUCAAAGUGGGAGAUGGCAACAAGAUUUUUUUAUAGUUGGAUGCUUGGCACCUGGAUGGGUGUUUGCUUGAUAAAUAUGGCCACAGAGUUGUGUAUGAUGCAUGGAGUUUGCUUGAUGCAAAAUUAUCUACCGUGAUAAGGAAUGGAGAUUGUUAUUGGCCUCCUGCUAGAUCGGACAAAUUAGUAGAGUUAUAAAGCAAGUUACCAGAAGUGGAUAUUGGGGAAUUUUAUUUUCCUGUGUUCUUGUGCUGACACUAGGGAAUUCUUAAGGGUUAGAGCUCCUUGAGUGGAUUGGUGGAGAGUGGUGUGGCAUCCAAUAUUCUUUAGCUGGUGUUUAAGUAUUCUUUAAUCACCAAAGAAAGAAUGUGUAAAUGGGGGUUUGAAGGUGACUGCUUGUGUCUAUCUUGCCGGGGUAGUAUUGGAAGCAGGUCAGAUUUAUUCUUUCAGUGUGGUUUCAUAGACGCAUAUGGAGAAAUCUCAUGUCUCUUUGUUUGGAGCAUCGGUCUUUGGAAACCUGGGAUGAGAUUAUUCAGUGGUGCUCUACUGAAUUGAGAAAGGAAUGCUUUAAAACCAGAUUGAAGAUUUUGUGCUUGGGAUCGAGCUGCAGUUAAUAAUUGGCAAUAUGAGAAUUUAGUAUUGUGAUUUCGAAAUAGGCUUCUUGAGGGAAAGCAGAGUUAUUUCCCAAGGAAGGGCCUGGCAAAGGCAAAGAUGUCCUGAUAACAGAAUUAAACCUUAUCUUCUGCAUGGAUUGUACUGAUCCCUGAAAAUCUUCCCAGAUUAUCUCAGCCUCUGUCUCUUUAAUUCCGCGAUCGCCAACCAAUACCGUUGAUCUUGUCGGCGUUGAUGUGUUGCCCGUGAAAGUAAAUUGGGACAAAUCCAUUCUCCACGGCAUCGUUAAUUAGCGAUGGGUGAUCAGCCCAACUGAAGAAAGGUUUCACCGAAACCCCAUGAGGAAAAUCAUCUGAAUAGUCAGGUUUACAUAACGGGCGACAGAUGGAACGUAUCAAAAGAUAGCUAAGAACUCCAUUGAAGAUGGACCAUAAAAGGUCUGUAAAUCCAUACAUUUCUUCCUUCACGAAAAUACGUGUUUCGCUGUUUCGUUUUUGUCCGAAUCUGAAUAUUCAGACGCAAAUAAAUGUUGACUUCCGUAAAAUAUGGUGCAAUCUUAAUGUAAACACAAGGAAAAUAUAAUGUAGUUUGAGAUUCCGAAGUCAACUCUUUUCAUCGAUGAAGAACCGUUUGAUUAGUCAUCUAGCAGCUAAUCUUAAGCGACAAGUUGUAUAUAUUAAUUCCUUUGUAUGAGUUUGAAUCUUCUCUCAUUAUCAAAGUCAAAAUCAUUCAGUCUCCCAUAAAUUUCAUCAUAUAUCUUCCUUCUUUCGCACUCGAAGAAGAAAGUCCAUGGAAAGCAGAAUGUCUCGUGGUCUUUCAUUCUUCUUGGUGCUGCUAUUGGCGAUGGCAUCAAAAUCUAUGGCUCGCAAAGGAGAGAGCAACUGUCCAAUGACAAAAACAGUUGCAGACGUUGGCGCUGUUUUUGAUUAUAAUUCCCGUGUGGGCAGGGAACAGAAAGUAGCCAUGGAUUUGGCUGUCCAAGAUUGGAAUCGUUUGACUUGUUCUAAGCAGCUGGUUUUGCAGCUUAAAGACUCCCAUGGAAAUUCGGCACAAGCAACUUCUGCCGCAAUUGAUUUCAGUAACAGCAAACAAGUGCAAGCCAUCAUCGGAACGCUGACAAUAAAGGAAAUUGCUCUGAUAUCCGACAGCAUUAGUAAAACCAUCGAGGUUAUCCCAAUCCUUUCCUUAAAUUCGCCGGCUCUAUUCCCACCGGUAGUACCAUUUCAACCACCAUUUUUCAUUCAAAUGGCAAACGAUGUCACCCUCCACAUGAAGUGUAUUGCCGCCAUCGUAGGCCACUUUAGGUGGCGAAAGGUGACGACAAUUUAUGAAAACAACAAUGGCUUUUCCACUGAACUAGGAACAUUGACCCUCCUUUCUGAUUUCCUUCGAGCUGUUGACUCUGGGAUUGAACACCACUCAACUUUACCCUCUCUAUCUUCUCAUCUAUUAGACCCAAAAGCAACCAUUGAGGAAGAGCUCAAGAGGCUGCGGAGGAAGAGCAACAGGGUCUUCAUAAUUGUUCAGUGUUCUUUAGAGUUGGCUAUUUUGCUUUUCGAGAAGGCAAACCAGAUGGGUAUGAUGGAGAAAGGCUAUGUAUGGAUCGUAAGUGACGAGAUUGCAAGCCUUCUUGAUUCUGUCGAUUCUUCUAUUACAUAUAACAUGCAAGGCGUAAUUGGUUUUAAAACCAAUUUUGUGUCUUCCACUGAAAAUUUCAAGCAAUUUAAAAUGAAAUUCCGAAAGAAGUAUGGAUCAGAGUACCCAGAAGAAGAGAAUGCUAAUCCAAGCAUUUUUGCUCUCCGGGUUUAUGAUGCGACUUGGGCCAUUGCUCAGGCCAUUGCAAAAUCACUUACAUCUGAACAAUUAUUUGAAAGAAUUUUGUCUAGUAACUUCAAAGGUCUAAGUGGCAAAGUAAGCUUCAAGAAUGAUACACUAUCACAAGUACCUGUUUUUCAGAUCAUUAAUGUGGUUGGCAAAAGCUACAGUGAGAUAGCUUUCUGGUCGCCAGAAUUUGGUUUCUCAAAGAAUGUCAUUGAACAUGAUAGCAUGGAAGUACCAACUCGUAAUGGUUCUGCAGAAGUAGUAUUAGACCCAAUAGUUUGGCCAGGUGGCAUGCAAAAAGUUCCAACGGGACGGAGUUGCAGUGAUGAGGAGAAACCAUUAAAGAUAGGGGUUCCUGCCAAGGGUGCCUUCAAUCAGUUCGUGAGAGUGAGUUACGAGCAGGACUUGAACAGAACAAUCGUCAGCGGUUUUUCAAUUGAUGUGUUUGAAGCAGCUGUGAAGCGUCUCCCCUAUCAACUGCCUUAUGUUUUAGUCCCAUUCUAUGAUUCAUAUGAUAAUAUGGUGAAACAGGUCUACUACAAGGGCUUGGAUGCAGCAGUUGGUGACACAGAAAUAAUGGCAUAUCGAUUUGAUUAUGCUGAAUUUACGCAGCCAUAUGUUGAAUCUGGACUUGUCAUGAUAGUUACCGUAAAACCAGAUAACCUGAAAGAGACAUGGUUAUUCAUCACAGUUUUUACCAAAAAAAUGUGGCUGCUGAUGGUGGCGAUGCACCUGUUCGUAGGGUUCGUAAUUUGGCUAAUUGAACAUGGAAGUAACCCUGAAUUUGAAGGGUUCGGAACUAUGCUAUGGUUUUCCAUCACUGUCCUGUUCUUUGUACAGAGAGAGCCAAUACGGAGCAGUUUAGCUCGUUUUGUACUGGCGCCAUGGUUGUUUGUGAUUCUAAUUGUGUCAGCUAGUUUCACAGCAAGCCUCACUUCCAAAAUGACUCUUUCUCGGCUUAAGCCGUCUGUGGAAGAUAUUGAGACACUUCAGAAAACAAACGCAGUAGUUGGGUGUAACGGGAAUUCUUUUAUUGUAAGAUAUUUAAUCAAUGUGUUAAAUUUUAAGCCGGAGAAUAUCAUGAGCCUUCAUUCCAUAAAUGACUAUCCAGAAGCCUUUGAAAGAGGGGACAUUGCAGCAGCUUUCUUUGUUGUCCCACAUGCUAAAGUUUUCCUUGCCAAAUUCUGCCAGGGCUACACCACUACAGGACCCACUUUCAAUCUAGGCGGCUUUGGCUUUGUUUUUUCAAAGGGUUCUCCUUUGGCUACUGACAUUUCAAAGGCAAUCCUUGAAGUGACACAGAGUGGAGAAAUGCAACGGCUAGAAGAAUUCUUGCUCUCCUCUAAUAAAUGCUCAUCUUCAACCGACUUGAAUGGUGGUAUAGGAUUAGGUCCUGAGCCUUUCUACAGCCUAUUUUGUAUUUCAGGUGCCAUUUCUGCAGUUGCAUUGUUAGUUACCAUUGUGCGUUUAGCGCGAAACAGCCAGCUGAACAUGCCUUUCAUGCCAGCAACAUUGAUAGAUAGUAGGGUUUGGAUGUGGGCAAUAAUAUUUCUUGCUCGGUGCAGAAGAAGGAACUUUGUUGUCCCAGAAGCAAAUGAUCAUCUUGGGGAAGAACUUGUUGCUAUUCAAGAUGUUUCCCUCAAAAUCAGUUAGUGUAUACUUGACUUUGUACUAAGAUUUCAUUUUUACCCAACUGCUAAUGUUGUUGUUAAUGUAUGUAUUAAGGGCUCGCUCAAUGGGCUUUAGAGA